AUGUUGCUCAAACCCGCCACGCCCCUCACGGUCCUGCUUUUGGUUGCGUUUGUUCUCUUACUCUUGUCUGUUAUUUCCACCCCAAUCGUCAAAGGUAUUCCGCUGGCAUCCUUUGAAACUGUCGAUUACGGAGUCUUUGGUUACUGCAAGGGCGAUAAGUGUACCAAUAUCCAUGUCGGUUACACCAACGAUGACCUAUCCAGCGCCGGUAACGUCGAUGAUUAUUACCUUCCGGCUAGUACUCGCAGAUCGCUUUCUUCGAUUUUAAUCGUGCAUCCCGUCGCUGCGCUCCUUACGCUCAUCUGUCUAUGCAUGGCGGUGGCGGCCCACUUCCAUAGUCCGUCACAUUCGCCUCGCUAUCUCCUCGCCUUGUUGAUCCUCCUGCUCCCGACGCUUCUCGUCACCCUACUUGCCUUUUUAGUCGAUAUCCUGCUUUUCGUUCCGCAUCUCGGAUGGGGAGGAUGGAUCGUGCUUGGUGCGACCAUUAUCCUCGUCUCAUGUGGGGUAGUCACAUGUGCGAUGCGCCGGACUCUUGUGAGCCGCAAGGCAAGGAAGAAGCGCAUUGCAGAGAACGCUGAGAUGAGCGGAGAGAAUUUCUACAACCGCCAAAAUGCCGGCGCCAAUACAGGCCUGAAUGCACCUUCGAUACUGAAAGAAGAGAUCAAAGUGCCUUUUGUUACCGGUUCGCCUCCCGGCUCGGACACGGGGCCUACUUUUGCUACCUUCCGUACUACCACUCGUGAAAGCGACGAUGAUCGCACUCCUCUUAACUCACGAACCCCUCCGAGUGAUCCACCAAUGUCGGAUGGUCAGCCACCAGCUCGGAUGCGCUCUGAUCGAGUUCCACACAACGCUCCACGUGAUGAAUUCGGAAACCCUCUUCCCCCUGCUGGGUUCGGACCGAGAAUGCGGCCCGCUCCUGGGGAUCCCAGGUUGCGCAAUCAGUACUCAGACGGCAGCAUGAGUUCACGGGGAGGUGCGCCUCCAGGUUUUGGGCCACGUGGGCGAGGUGGUUAUCCUCCCCGAGGAGGCUAUGGCCGCGGAGGACCCUAUGGAGGGCCUCGGGGCCCACCUCCCAACGCAAGAGGUGGGCCGAUGGGUUCAAUGCGUGGAGGCCAUCCUGGAAUGAUGGGCCGAGGAGGAUACCGUGGACCACCGCAAUUCGUAUAUGGACCCGGAUCCGGACCUCGGCCUAUGCCGUCUCCUGAAGAAGUCGAGCCCGAGUAUUAUGUUGACUCACCUGUGGAUUCCAUGCGUCAACCAUCCCCUGGCCCGAUCGGUAUGGCAGUAUCACCGGAUCCCGGACAUGUUGGCCAAGCGAUAGAGAUGACACCACAACCGAGAAGAGUGGGCUCCGCUGAGCCAGAACAUCAGCAAGUUCUACGGGACGUCCAUCAACCACAUGCCUUGUCUGCGGAUGGAUAUCCGGAGCCAGUCAGCCCCUCGAGCCUUUAUAGCCGGACAGCCUCGUAUACCCCUCCACGUGCCGGUUGGGGACAACCGGGACCGCGCACUGGCCCCUCACCUUCACCUGUCCACGCUUACGGAGCAGCUCGAACUUCGCCGCAAGCUCGUUCCAACUCGGGCGAGUACUUCGAAGAUGUGGAUCCUCGUUUUGCUAAUCGCAAUGAGUCCGCAGUCGGCAACCCACGAUUGCCAUCCGCUCUGACACCGGGUAAUGGUGAGCCGAAAUCGGUGGAAGAAGAAUUGGUUGAGGAUCCUGGCUCACCUACUACUAGCGAUAUAAGCCAUUUCACUUCCAUUUCCGAGCGACCUGUAAACCCACGCUGGCGUCCCCCUCCGCUUCCCUCCCAGCAAAAACGAAAUGUUCUUCUGGAAAAUAAUCCCGAUUUUGACCUGCGGGCCGGCAUGGGACGAGGCCGUAGUGCAGGCGUCGGGGGUCGCAUGCCAGCGAUGCCGAUGCCUCGAGAAGCUACAAGAUACCCUAUCCCCUGA